CUCAAGUGGACUGCUUUACUAUGGAAUGAAACAGUUAGUUUGGCUGAGUUUGGUAUUAAAGUUUCUGGACACUGGACUCUUCACUUGGCUAUUAAUUUAUAAUCUUUGGUUUCAAUGAAUAAUCGCUGUUAGGCGAGAACUUUGAUCUGCUAGAACUUAAAGUGCUUUGGAUAUUCAGAUAAAUCUACAUCUAGUAUAUAUCUGAAAUCAUGACAGAAACAUCUUUUGACAUCAACAAUGUUUUCAUCGCCGUGCAUGCAGGAGCCGGAAGUCAUUCUGAAUCCAAUGACCUUGUGUACAAGUCUGUGUGUAAGCGAGCAUGCCAACAGGCCAUGCUAUUAUUACGGGCGAAAGCUUCAGCCCUGGAGGCUGUUACUGCUGCGGUGGCUGUCCUAGAGGAUGACAGUUGUACGAAUGCUGGCCAGGGUUCGAACCUGACGUAUCAUGGAACUGUAGAGUGUGAUGCUUGCGUCAUGGAUGGGAAGUCACUCUUGUUUGGAGCAGUGGGAGCACUCUCAGGUGUGGCUAAUCCCGUCUCUGUCGCUCGCCGGCUGGUGGAGGAGCAGCAGCUGGGUGCUCUCCCCUGUGGGCGCGUUCGGCCAAGCAUUCUGGUGGGAGCUGGCGCCAGGAGCUACUGUGAGGAGCAGGGAUUUUCCGUCAAGGCAGAUCUUGUCUCAGGAAGUGCCCUCAAGACAUACAAUCGGUACAAGAGGAAGUGCCAGAGAGCGGAGUUAUCUUCCCUGAAAAGUCCCAAAACACGGAGACUGGGAAAUGAAGAUGUUGUAUCUCAAGACAGUGCUACGUCGGGACCAUUGACAGACUCAAGAAACCUUGACCUUGGACAGGACGGCGCCCGUGAUGAUGUACCAGAAAACAUGGGUGGGGGUGAGCGGCGGGGUGUUACCGGCGGAGUACAGGAGGACAUUGCUGCGGAGACUGGCGAUGUACCGGAGGACAUUGAUGAGGGAGGAGGUGAGACCGGCAGAGUACAGGAGUACAUUGAGGAGGGGCGGGGUGAGAUUGGCGGUGUACAGGAGGACAUUGCUGCGGAGAUCGGCGGUGUACAGGAGGACAUUGCUGCGGAGAUCGGCGGAGUACAGGACACGGUCGGGGCGGUGUGUGUGGACCACGAGGGCAAUGUGGCGUCUGCUUCCUCCAGUGGGGGGAUCUGGCUCAAACACCCGGGACGUCUGGGACCUGCUGCGAUCUACGGCAGUGGCUGCUGGGCUCAGAACCAGAUCUCUGGGGACAGGCCGGGCAUCGCUUGUGUCACUUCAGGCUGCGGUGAGCACCUUAUCCAAACGGUUCUAGCCAAGACGUGCUGUAACGCGACGCGCUGCUCCCAGGACAUGACGCACGCUCUCACUUCUGUCUUCAGGGAGGACUUCCUAGGCUCAGAAUUUUUGUCCUCAACUCCUGUCAAGUACGGAGGUGCCCUCGUACUGAGAUUACUCAAGUCGGACCCGGGGCGAGAAGCUGAGCUGGCUUGGAUCCACUCCACGGCCAGCAUGUGCCUGGCCUACAUGGCCGGAGGACACAAGGCUCCCAGGGCGACCUUGUCCCGUCUGGAUCCUGGGUGCCCUCCUGGUCGCUCGAUCGCCAUGGGCGGCCACAUACAGCUUCUCUCACCCGUCCACCAAUCACAGACUCUCUGACGAAUCACAGACGGGCCUACCAAACUAUCGUAGACCGUCCGCCCAACCAAUCACAGAUCAGCCAUCCUAUCACAGACCAGCUGACAAACCUAUCAGUACUAUUACGGAGUAGCCUACCAACCAGUCACAAACUCUUUGACAAAUCACAGACUGGCUGACCAACCAAUCACAGACCAGUUUACAAACUAAUCAUAGAUGAGCCGUAAAACACGACGUACAGAUAGGGUUAACCGCAAAAUUCUUCUCAUUCUACUUUUUUUGCUUGAGAAAUAUUCUCCUAUGCGGAUGCAUUGGUCAUUGUUGGACAUGGACGGAUGAACUAUUAUUAUUAUUAAUAUCAUUUAUAUCAUAUAUUGUGUCGGCUAUUUGGUGACCUCAGAAAAUCGUGAAUUUGUUUAGUUAAAUAGUGAUAACCACUACUUCCGAUACAUGUUUUUGUAGAUUUUUAAAUCAUCUACAAAAUGGCGUCUUCCUUUGGCAGAUCCGACUAGUAGAGCCAGAGAUAUUUUGAUUUGAAUUUAAGCCAAGUUUCAACGUUUGAUAUAUUUUUCCCCACUUGCCUGGCAGUUUUGUAACUUUUCUGGCAGUUAGAAACUUUCUUUAUCUUUAAAAUAAGCCUAGAAUGGCUGUAUUUAGCCCUGUCUAACGGCGACUAGAGCCAGCACACUUGAUAGCGAAAGUUAUUUUUCUAUAGAGGCAGCAUUGGCCGUGUUGCUUCGCGGAGUCGACAGUGCGUUCGGGGUAGGGCUGGGCAAUGAGUCGCUUUAGCACAAUCCGGAUAACAUGUUAGUGCACCUCUUCGGCAAAGCCAAAUGUUAUGAACUGCUUCAGCAAAUGGAUGGGUUAGCAUCACUUCAACACUAAUGUGUGCUCCCACUUCGGCAAAUGAGUCAGGAAAGAGAGUUAAGAGUCUGAAUUCGGAUGUUUCAUUGAGAAUUAUCCAGUUAUCCGGAUAUGUUUUCCGUAUUUUUCCCACCUUUAGUUCGGGGUCUUUGCCGCAUCGCACUUUUCGCCUUCCUAGUCCUAGUUGUUUGGUUUUUUUCUAUAAAAUAUUUUUAAUUUUUACUGAGCAGGAGAUGAUUGGAGCAUUCCCAUGAUAUAUCUGUUCACAAAUAUUAUGUUUUAGUUUAACACUUAGUUUCUUCUGACAAGGUCUGUGCACAGUGAUUUUGAGUUUGAGGCUAAGAUUUAAAAAAAAUAGAUUCUAGAGAUUUUCUAGAGACAAAAAAAUAAUUUUUAUUCUUUUGGCCCACAGUUGCACAUAUUAUGUAUCAUGUAUAUUGUGCAGUUAGCUCUUACUAAAGUCUUCAUUCUUAGUUUUAGUCUUCGAUUUUAUAUGCUAGUUUUUUUCUCAAGUUUCGUAGGCCCAAGUCUCUGCCUUAUGAUUUAUUUGUCAUUUAUAGUCUUCAUCACUUAUACUCGUAGUUGAUUUAUCUUUAGAAAAUUCUUUCCCUUUUUCCUCAAAAUGUUCAUCAUUAUUUUUGUUUUAUGUUCACACAACUGUCUGGUCAUAAUGAAAAUUACUAGGAAUAGCAUCUACGAUCUAGUAGGCCUCUUAUGUGAUUUUCAAUCAAAUAUUUUUUUCAUGCCUGAUUUUUACCUCAGUUUGUUCUUUUCUCCUUUUCUAAAGUCUGGUGCAGUUUGAAAUUUUGUUUUCCUCUUCUUAUAUUCUCUUUUAAAAAUGUGUUGAAUAAGACGAUCAAAAUGAUACAUGGUACAUGCCUUUCCGACUAUUCCUUGUUGAAAUAUCAUUGCUUAUUUUCAAAUUCAUCCUUUUUCGGACACAUGAAAAUUUACCCCGCUCUUAAUCUACAAGUGAUUUAUGAGACUAAACUGUUUCUGUUUGUUUCAUAUGAAAGUACACAUAAUAACCUUUGAUUUGAUGCUAAAAACAGGAAAAAUCUUUACAGGUUGCGAAGCUAUGUGCAUUUUUAUCGAUUUUUGUCCUCCUUUAGUCGCAAAAUGCCGUGUAAAAAAGGACCAGAUUAUGAGCGAAAAAUAAAGUAGAAAAAAUCCCAUAACUUCUCAACAAAUUUCAGAUAUUGACAAAAUUAAAAAAGCACUGUGAUCAGUGUGGCAGGAGGACCUUUCAUUUGAGCCUAUUUUCAUUAAAAUCUAACAACUUUGAAUUUUUCACUGAACUGCCUAGUAAUAUGUGUCCGUCUAUGCUUAUGGUAGAGAAGAUGUGUUUAGAGUAUGUUUGUGUGGGUGGUGACAAGAGGAACACCAAACUAAUGUGCCAAUAAAAAUUAAUUGCAUCUUAUAUUGAA